AUGUGGGCUGCAGGCUGCGUGACAUCAGUGGCGUCAUUCAGGCUCUGCCACUCGCUGGCAGAGAUCGGGUACACCUCUUUUUUCAGUGUGGCACGUGCCCUGGGAUCCUGGCGGCGCUUGGUCGAGCUGGACCAGAUGGGGCGCGUGAAGCGUCAAAUUCUGGGCAUGGUCACGCAGGCUGUUGUGAAUGACAUGCCGGACCUGUAUGAGGGCCGCAGUGGCAGGAGCUGCAUGAGGCAGCUCCUCGACUUCUACAAGUUUGCAACCGACCACACAGCAUCGCGACAUGACUUCUGGAGCUUCUACGCGCACCUCCAGGAGGCUGCCGGGGAUGACUCUGGGGCCUUGGACAGCCGGCUCCGACAGAACCGGGCCUUGCAGGCGCGGCUCUGGGAUGAGAACGACCCGGAGAUCUUCAGCGAGUACCUCCAGGACCUGCUCGAGUGCUUGGACAUCAUUGACAGCACGUUGGAUGACCCAGCAACAAAGGACGCAUCCAAGGCGCAGGUCCAGCCCUUUGUGUACCUGGCGCGGGAUGCGGCAAAGCGAUUAGCCGCGAAGCUGGAAGUGACGGUUCAGGAGCCCCCAUGGAAGCCUGCUGUCGCCAAGCUCCAGAGCAUGGCGAGCAAGGCAGACGGGCGCUUGGCCAAGCUCGAAAGAUGA